AGAGCCUUCCGUUGGAUGAUGACCAUGGUGUUUGCAGUGGAUGAGAUUAACCGUAACUCAACCUUGCUGCCAGGUGUGAGGCUGGGCUACAGAAUCCUGGACAGCUGUGACCACGUCCACACCAGCCUGAGAGGGGCACUAUCCAUGGUCACUGGGAGGAGGACUGAGGAGAACAUAGAGGAGGGGGUGGAGGAGAGGAUGCCUGGGUGCCUGGCUGGAGCCCCUGUACCUGCUGUCAUUGGUCUGGCUUCCUCCACCCCUACAGGGGCUGUGGCUCACACCCUGGGCCCCUUCAACAUCCCACUGGUGAGCUACUUUGCGACCUGUACCUGUCUGACAGAUAAACUCUCCUACCCCUCGUUCCUGCGGACUGUGCCCAGUGACCUGUUCCAGGUCCGGGGUUUAGUCCAGUUGGUGAGCCACUUCGGCUGGCGCUGGGUUGGCAUCCUGGGCACCCCGGACGACUACAGUCGUUAUGGCAUCCAGGCCUUUACCCAGCAGCUGAAGGACCACGGAGGCUGCCUGGCGUUCCACCUCACCGUCCCCAAUUCGCCCUCCCCAGCUGCGCUACGUGCCAUGGCCGACACCCUGCAGAGCUCCAGGGCCCGUGUGGUGGUAGCCUUUGCUACAGAGGGCCAGCUGCUGGAGUUUCUCUCUGAGCUGGCAGUGAGGAAUGUGACAGGGUUCCAGUGGGUGGCCAGUGAGGCCUGGGUGACUGCCAGCCUGCUCACCUCCCCUCAGUUCCACCCGCUGCUACAGGGCACCCUGGGCUUCUCCUUCCCUGGAGUCAAUAUCCCUGGCCUGGGGGACUUCCUGCUGAAGGUCAGGCCCUCGCCCACACCGGGGUCUGAGUUCAUCAAUAUGUUCUGGGAGGAACUGUUUGGCUGCAAGUUGGAUUUCGGGGCGGGCGGUGGAGAUGGUGUUGGCUCUAAUGGUCCCGCGCUACCUGGUAUAUGUUCUGGUUCAGAAGAUCUGAGGGACACAGUGAGCAGUUACUCUAGUGUGUCUCGGGUCAGGAUCUCCUAUAAUGUGUAUAAGGCAGUAUAUGCCAUAGCCCACGCACUACACCAGGUGCUACAGUGUGGUUCUACUGGACACAGCCAAGCUCAGGAGAAGUGUAACACCAGCACAUAUUUUACACCCAGACAGCUCUUACACCACCUGAAGAGGGUGAAUUUCACCAAUCAGUUUGGGGAGAAGGUGCAUUUUGAUGCCAACGGGGAGCCUGUUCCCCUCUAUGACAUUAUUAACUGGCAGAAGGUCAGCAGUGGAGAUAUCAUGUUCCAGAAAGUAGGAAGCUAUGAUGGCUCUGCCCCCCUCAGCCAACAGCUGCAGUUGGACGAGAGCGCCAUCGUGUGGACAGGAGGAAAAUCACAGGUGCCAGUGUCUCUGUGCAGUGCUCCCUGCCCCCCUGGCAGCAGACAGGCCCGUCGUCCAGGAGAGCCUCCCUGCUGCUUCGACUGCCUGCCCUGUGCUGCUGGGGAGAUCAGCAACCAGACAGGUUCCUUAGAGUGCAUUAGGUGUCCUGAGUUCUACUGGUCAGACAGAGACAGGGUGAAGUGCGUCGCUGGGAUAGAAGACUUCCUGUCCUUCUAUGACACCAUGGGCAUCAUCCUGGUCUCACUCUCCCUGCUGGGUGUUGUCACGACAACCACCGUCACAGCCAUCUUCCACCAUUUCCGGGCCACGGCCGUUGUCAAGGCCAACAACUCAGAGCUGAGUUUCCUGCUUCUCCUGUCACUCAAGCUUUGCUUCCUGUGCUCGCUGCUGUUCAUUGGGCGUCCGUCUGCGUGGUCGUGUGGUUUCCGCCAGGCAGCGUUUGGGGUUAGCUUCGUGCUCUGCCUCUCCUGCCUCCUAGUCAAGACCAUCGUGGUGCUGCUGGCCUUCAGGGCCACUGUACCAGGCUCCAGUGCCCUGAUGAAGCUGUUUGGACCUUCCCAUCAGAGGACACUGAUUCUCUGCACCACCGCCCCUCAGGUGUGUCUCUGUGCUGGCUGGCUCUCUAUGGCUCCCUCCAUCCCAUUCAGGAACUCUUCGUACCAGGGUCUGACCGGCAUGAUGGUGCUGGAGUGUAAGGAGCCCUGGCCACCAGGGUUCUAUUUGGUGCUGGGCUACAUUGGCCUGCUGGCCUCUCUCUGUCUCCUCUUAGCCUUCCUGGGACGCAAACUCCCUGACACCUUCAACGAGGCCAAGCUCAUCACCUUCAGCAUGCUGAUCUUCUGUGCCGUGUGGAUCUCCUUCAUCCCAGCCUACGUCAGCUCUCCUGGGAAGUACACUGUAGCUGUGGAGAUAUUCGCCAUCUUAGCGUCAAGUUUUGGACUGCUGCUGUGUAUAUUUGCCCCUAAAUGUUACAUCAUCUUACUGAGACCAGAGAGGAACACUAAGAAAGGGAUGACAGGGAAACACCAAGGAAACCAGAGAUGA